AUGCAAGCACGCGCUCCAGAACUGGAGAGCAACAGUAUCACUUUUGAUAGAAGUGCCCUCCCCAAGGAGGGACUUGAGUCGUCGAGUGCAAGCGACGAUGAAGACGCUGAUGGCGUUGAUGACCCACUUGCCAGACUUGCCGUGGACCCCGACCUGUCGACACAAGCACGCCGGCGGAGUUCCACGGGGCACCUCAACUUCGUUGACCAGGUAUCCGCAGGCAUUGGAUCCUACUUGGCUCGGCUUGAAGCGAAGCAUACGGAGAACACCACCGUGUACAAUCGGUCUGCAGGACAAGAAGCUUCACGGUGGCAGGAAUGCAUCCGACAAGUACCUUCUCCGCUGUUGCAGACGGUGGCUAAAGUUUCUUCGAAGGAGACCUCUGCAGAAGGAUCGGAGGAUGGCGACGAGAAGGUGGGCGAUGCAGCGAGGAUUAAGCUCAAGCACCCGCAGGGAGGUCGACCAGUGGACUCAGAGUUGGGACCAUGCGUACCUCCGCAACACCUGGAAUUUGAGAGCUUCCCUGGAUCGGAUGGUCGCCCGAGAUUGUCUUUCUCAGCAUCUUUCGAGAGUGGCAAUCUGGCAGUGGCCCAGUGUGACAAUCCCAACCAGUACACCCUGCUUGUUGACGUUGAUGCCAAUACCGACGGGUACACGCAGUGGUUUUACUUUGCAGUACGCGGGGGAACUGUUAAUUCAAAGAUCAACUUCCGCUUGAUCAACAUGGCCAAGUCCAGCUCCCUGUUCGGCGAUAAGGGCAUGCGACCGGUGAUUUGGAGCGAGAAGUCCGGAAGGGGCUGGGAGCGCGGUUGCAGCGAUGUUAGUUAUUCGGCAACGGAGUCCACCAAAGCAUUGACGUCACAGAAAAACUGCUUUACCCUGUCAUUUGCUUACACCUUCGAGUUCGAGGAUGACACUAUCUUCUUCGCGUACCACUAUCCUUACACGUACAGCUACCUCACGACUUUCAUCAACACGCUGGAAGCCGAUCCUUACGCCGGACAGCUGUUCAGCCGCAAGCCGCUUUGCGAAACCAUAGGAGGCUUGUCUUGCGAAGCCCUGGAAGUUGAUUGCGUGGAGUCCAACGCUCCGCAGCGAGGCCUUUGCGUAUUGACGGCCAGAGUUCACCCCGGCGAGUCCAAUGCUUCCUGGAUGAUGCAUGGAUUUAUACUAUUUUUGCUUUCGCCCGCGGCUGAAGCUAUCGCCUUGCGACAGGCCUUCAAGUGGCUCAUUAUUCCUAUGUUGAACCCUGAUGGCGUAGCACGUGGCUCCUACAGAUGCAGUCUGGCUGGUACAGAUCUCAACCGCGUGUAUCUCAAGCCGAACAAAAGAAUCCAUCCAGAAAUCUAUCAUUUGAAAGAAGUCAUGAAGCGAGCUCCCGGCGGCGUGGAGAUCUUUAUCGACUUCCAUGGGCAUUCCAAGAAAGAGGGCAUUUUCUUCUAUGGUGGUAAAGCUCAUGCUGAAGACCGCAUGACGAAUGCCAGCAUACAGUUGCUGCCAAGGCUUUGUGCACUGGGCUCUUCCGAUUUCAGAUGGAACAAGUGUUCUUUCAACGUAUAUGAGUCAAAGGUCUCGACAGCGCGAUUGGUCGGGUUUUUGCAGCUCAAAAUCCAGAAAGCAUACACAGUGGAAGCCUCUUUUGCCACCAGUGGCAAGGUUCCCCUCGAAGAAAUGUUCGCGGAGGACCAGGACGAAAAUCACGACCGAGACGAGUUGCACCACGACAAAUCUGAAGAGGAAGAGGAGGAGGAGGAGGUCCAACAUACAUCGGCCAAUCAGGAAAUGGCAGAAGCAGCCGCCGCUGCUCUCCUGCAGCAGCUGGCAUCCGGCGGGGAGCAGCGCAACAGAAGGGACUCUAAUUCUGGCGGCAACCGCAGAAAAGUCACACGGACAGACCUUGCCGCGGUUGCAGCUGCCGUGCUUGCUGCACCCGAGUCGACGAAUCCCAGUCCACGUCCUGAAAGCCCUGGAAGCAGGACGGAAUCAAGAAGACAGCGUGAUCUUGUACCGGAUGAGGAUCGACAAACAGCACGGAACGCCGCAUUACGUGUGGAAACACCCAAUGACACAAAGUCCAAGAGAGAUGAGGCCGAGGCGAGAAACAAGCCGGCGGCUAGCGAAUUCAAUCCAAUCCGCUUGAUGCUUGCGGGAUCAACGAUCGGACGAGCCAUUUGUGCCUCGUGCCACUUGGAGACACCACUUCCAGAUCCUUAUGACGAAAGCUUGAUGGAUGGAUCUGAACAGCUGGUGUGGCCCCACCUUCGGUAUCAGCGCCUGACGAGCGAGACAGCAUCUCGAGAGCUGGCCAGACUUGCCAGCGGCAAGACCAGCAAGGACAAAGAACCAGAUGACGACGGGGGGUCCGAUUCGAACCCUAGCGCUGAUGAAAAACCAGCAGCAGAACUCCGAAAAAUUCAGAAAAGAUUGGCAACAAAAGCCAAGAGGCAGAAGACCUUUCGCAUUGAGCCAGAGGAGGUUGAAGAGGAGGUGAAGUACAAAGUGAUUGUCGCGUUUGGAAAAUCUAUGAAGAUCCCGAUCAAGCCAGGUGACAAGAUGGAAGGUGGUUUGAGCCGCAGGAACAGCCAGGUCGAUGAUGCAGCAGAGCGAUUUAUUCGGGUUGCACGACGGCACAGUGUGCAAGGAGGAGAGAUGUCACCGGCGAGCCCCGAAUCGCUGAGCAGGUUAGAUCACUCGCCUUGUGACGGGGACACGCCAGCAAACUCCGGCAGGCACGGUGAUGCUCUGGGGCGGCCGGGCAAACUACGGGUGAGUGCGUUUCUGGAUGUGACGACGAGCUCUGGCUUUGCAAGCCCGCGGAGCCCGAGCGUACCGAGCAGUCCGGUGAGCCCUUUGAGGCGAAGAUCUCUGAGACCCAAGUCCAAGGAAAGCGCUCUCCAGCCUUCCGAGAUCUCCUUUCACCUGCCGCCAGAGCCGCCAGAGGAUCCCGAGGCGUCGGAAGCAGGGCCACUGCCGCCAGGAGAGUCGGGGUCAGGGCCGGCUGCAACCGAGCAGCCACCCUCGCCGGAAGCGGCGAGUCCAGCUUCUGAGCCGGGUUUGAGUGAGCCGGGUCUGAGUGGGGCUGGGCCGGACGUGGUGGCUGGGGCGGCCGGGGCGGCUGCUGCACCCUCCGACGACCCGAAGAUCGACGAAUUGAGUCACCACAGCGACGCCGGCUCCCGACUGUCGAGCCGACGACUAAGCAGUCGUCAUCGCCGCGACGUAGGGCCGCCGGCGCAAGAGCUUGGCCCGAUAUUGUACAGCCCAGGAUGUCCUCCUCCAGCGAGCUCUCAUGCGGGCGGCUCUUGCAUCCAGCUUGAGCUUUCCGCGGAUGUCGGUGUGCAGGCGAUGGAAAGGCGACUGAGCUCUUUGCAGGCAGUGGCGCUCUCGUUCAGCCGGCAAGUGUCUCCGGCGGUGGUGGACGCAAAGCACCAGCUUGCGGAAAAAAUGGCUGGUGCGUUGAGCCGGCAAGUGUCUGGAACGACUGUGGACGUCAAGCAGCAGCCCUCAGACAAGAAUACUUGCUUCAGCCGGCAGGUGACCCCUGUGACUGCAGACGACACUUGGCAGAACGUUUCCGAUGCGUUAUGCCAGACUUCUGCCAGGAAGGCAAAGGUGUCACAAAUUAUUCUCCCGGAAAUUGCUGGGCAGUCACCAUCAGAUCAGUCGCCUGAGAACGAAGCCUCACCGGCCUCACCUGAUCUGCGGGCACGACCACAAAGGGUGCUGAUCAGCCACGGCCCAUCGAACUUUCAGGACUGGGUCGAGCAGCACAGAGCUGUGGAGCAUGCUCAGCCGGUUUGGAGUCCAAAACAGCUCUGGGUGGAGAGGCGGGCUUUGGAGGCUCCACGGCCUGCUUCGAUGCACGGUGUGCGGAAGCAUCUCUCCAAAGGAAAGCAACCCUCGGAGCCCGCACAUGAGUGUGGCCAAAGGAAACAAGAAAGCAGAAAUUUCAUCUCUGAUCAGAACUGCAAGCCCAAAGCGCCGAGCAGAGUGACUGUUCACUUCAGGACUGCAGCUCCGCCUCAACGACGCACAAUCGGCGCUGUUGCCAAAGUCAUUCCGGGAUCGGCAGCAAUGAAACCGCCCGGCGCCCCGAAAACCCCCCAGGGGCCCCUGGCGGAACCCAGUACACUCCGACUGCAACCUGCAUCAUCAGAUGACGGCGCAUCGCCGACAUGCGCAAGUGAUACGGUCAUGCCAGCUGCUCGGCCAGCCUCCGCCGCUUGCUCGAAGGCGCGUGUGGCUUCUCCACCCCGAUUUCAAGACAGGACGGAGCACAAGGCAACGCUUCUGCAGCUGCUGGGCCGUGGCCAGCAGUGCGAGCCAUGCUCUGGAAUGCCGGAGGGGAUAUCUGCUCUCCACACUGCUCGCGAAAGGCGUGGAGAGACUCCGAGCACUUUUCGUUGGGAGGCUUCGGCUCCGGUUGCAGCGCCACGGGGAUGCAGCCAUCUACGGAGCGGAGGCUGGGCACGAAUGGCGAGUGAGUAA